AGCCAACACAAACUUAUACACCGAUACGAUUUAUACAUGGCGGAAACAAUAAUUGCCCGCUUUAUUCGUAGUUUAUAUUUUGUCCAUAUUUGUCGCUAAAGUCACACAUGCUUUGAACAAAAGGUGAACAACCUUGAAAGAAUAUUACUUUUUGGUCUCUGCUUUUAAUCUAAUGUUAGAUGGCAGCACUUAAGCUCCUGUUGUAUCUUCUUGUAUUCACUUUACUGAACAAGGUGUCUUGGAAUCAUCAUGUUACUGCACAGUGUUGCAUUGAGUAUUGGGUCAAGAAGCAUUAGCACUUCUGCUAUUUCCAAUCAAAUUAUUAAAUUAACUCGAUUAAGAGUUGUCGAUAACAGUGAAAUAGGAAAACAAGCUAUGUUAGAAGGAAAACCACCACGUUGUAUUCAUAUUUAUAAUAAAGUAGGAAUUGGGUAUAUUGGUGACAGAGUAUUAGUCGCUAUAAAAGGUGAAAAGAAGAAAGGCAUAUUAGUUGGCUUAAAGCAAAAUCAAAAUCCAAAAAUACCUAAAUUUGAUUCUAAUAAUAUAGUUCUCAUAGAUGAUAAUGGAACACCUUUAGGUACACGAAUACAUGUACCGAUACCCCAUAUAUUAAGAACAUUAUUGAAAGAGAAAACUCAUAGCAAAGGAGCAGAUUAUACAAAGUUGCUCGCUAUCGCCUCAAGAUUUGUAUAAAAUAUGUUGAGUGGAUAUAUUUCUCUGUACAAAAUUUACAUAAAAUAAGAUAUAAUAAAUAUCAUAUGUGCAAAUUGUUAA